ACAAGUAAAUAAAAGCUCAACCAUCCAGUGAAAAACAGAGAAGUGACAGAAACCACUCCAACCUACACUGAGGAGAAAAAAAAGAGCUCACCAUGGCCUCUGGAUACACCAUGAAGGAUCCCAUUUGUCUUGUGGAAAAUCAGAAUAAUCAGCUGACAGUAAAUCCAACAGCACUGGAGAUUCUAGACAAGAUCUCUCAGCCUGUGGUGGUGGUGGCCAUCGCAGGUCUGUAUCGGACAGGAAAAUCCUACCUAAUGAAUCGCCUGGCAGGAAAGAACCAUGGUUUCCUUCUGGGCUCCACAGUGAAGUCUGAAACCAAGGGCAUCUGGAUGUGGUGUGUACCCCACCCCUUGAAGCCCAACCACGCUCUGGUCCUUCUGGAUAUUGAGGGCCUGGGUGAUGUGGAAAAGGGUGACUCACAAAAUGACUCAUGGAUCUUUGCCCUGGCCGUGCUUCUGAGCAGCAUGUUUGUCUACAACAGCAUGGGCACCAUCAACCACCAAGCCCUGGAGCAGCUGCACUAUGUGACUAAACUAACAAAGCUAAUCCGGGCAAAAUCCUUUCCCAGCUCUGGUGAAGUAGGUGACUCAGCUGAGUUUAUAAGUUUCUUUCCAGACUUUGUUUGGGUUGUACGGGAUUUCACGCUGAAGCUGAUGUUUGAUGAACGCACCAUCACUGAAGAUGAGUACCUGGAGAAUGCCUUGAAGUUGGUUACAGGCAAUACUUCCAAAAUCCCGCGAUCCAACUUGCCUAGAAAGUAUAUCAGGAAGUUCUUUCCCAAGCGAAAGUGCUUUGUUUUUGAACGCCCUACAAAUAACAUAAACUUGUUACAACAGAUGGAGGAAGUGUCAGAAAACCAACUAGAGUGCAGUUUCCGGGAGCAAUCCAAACAUUUCUGUAACUAUAUCUUCAGAGAUGCAAAAACCAAGACCCUCAGAGAGGGAAUCAUUGUCACUGGAAAUCGGAUGGGGACUCUGGCAAAGGCCUAUGUGGAUGCCAUCAAUAGUGGAGCAGUGCCUUGUUUGGAAAAUGCAGCGAUAACUCUGGCUGAGCAUGAGAACUCAGUGGCCGUGCAGAAGGCAGCCGACUACUACAGUGACCAGAUGGCCCAGAGAGUGAACUUCCCCACAGACACGCUGCAGGAGCUGCUGGACCUGCACACAGCCUGUGAGAAGGAAGCCAUUGCAAUCUUCAUGGAGCGCUCCUUCAAGGAUGACAAGGGGGAGUUCCAACAGAAACUUAUGGGCAUCAUAGAGAAAAAGAAGGAAAAUUUCUUGCUGAAGAAUGAAGAGGAAUCUCUCAAAUAUUGCCAGGCUCAGCUUACACAGCUUUCAAAGCCACUGAUGGAAGGCAUUUCGAAAGGAACUUUCUCUGUACCUGGAGGAUACACUCUCUACUCAGAGGAAAUGAUCAAGGUUGAACGGUCCUAUGAAUUAAUACCCAGGAAAGGAGUGAAGGCAAUGGAGGCCCUCCUGAACUUCAAUCAGUCACAGGCUGCAACAAAGGAAUGCAUCCUGCAGGCUGACAAGGCCCUCACUGCUGGGGAGAAGGCUCAAGCAGAUGAGCGAGCCAAGAGAGAGGCAUCGGAAAGACAAGACAAGCUGCGAAGACAGACACUGAAUGAAAUGAAGCAACAAAUGGAGGCUCAAGAGAGAAGCUUCCAGGAAACUAUGGCCCAGAUGAAGGAAAAGAUGGGGAGAGAAAGAGAAAUCCAACAGAGUGAGCUACAAAGAAUAUUGAAGCACAUGGAGAAGGAACAAGAGAUACAGAAGAUAUACAAAGAGAAAGAGUCAGAGACGAAAAAAGAGAUGGAAGCUCUGAUAAAAUUGUUCGAUGAAAUGCAAAAGAGAAAUCAGCAGAUGAUGGAAGAGAAAGAAAAGAAGUAUCAGGUAUGGGUGAAACAGUUGAUUGAGAAGAUGGAGAUGGAGAAGGCCCAGACCAUGGCAGAGCAAGACAGGAUUCUAAAUAUUAAAUUUUAGGCAUUCAACUUUGUCAUCACCAUUUUAUCGUCCACUGCACUGAAUCAAAAACAUGCUUAG